AUUAGCUGUUGUAAUUAUAAUCACACUAGCUAUUUUUGAAAAUUAUUAUUUGCGUUAAUAAACAUCCAUUAUAGUUAAAUAAGUAUAUUAACGCAUCCAAAUUGAAUACACUACGAUGGAUAGGUUCGAAUACAUGGAAGCGCGUUUGUUUGAAGGUGAAAAUUACAUUAAAAGGGAUAGGAACGUUAAAAUUUAUGACGGAGAAGACAAGACUCAAUUUGUGGACGGAGAAGUUGUCCUAACAACUCACAGAAUACUAUGGGGUAAGCCUGGCGACAUACCUAAGGGACUAACUUGCCUUUCUCUACACUUAUACUAUGUGUUCUGUGUUGAGGAAGAAAGUUCUGGAGUAUUUGGGCUUGGUGGACUUAAGAGAAUAAUAUUACACCUUGGACCUGCUUUACCGGGCAAAAAACCAGGACCAGCUGUAGUAAGUCCCUACCACUUUGUAAAAUUAUCAUUCAAAGAUGGUAUAGACUCCGCCUUUUACAAAGCACUAAAUGAAGCAGUCAGCGCAAAAGCAUGGGAACAGCCCAGCCCAGCCUCCCCUCUCUCUGCCUCGAGCCCCAAUGCUAGCCCUAAGCCCUCAGUAGCACCAACAAAUUCUAAAAUCAGAUCUGGUAUAAUCGGAAUUGAAAGAAGUAUAGAGGAGCAACACAGAGCAACUGAUGAAAGUAUCACUGUGGCAUUUAAGGACUUGACCAAACUUAUGGAAAAAGCUAAAGAAAUGGUUGCAGUGUCUAAGAAUAUUUCUACUAAGAUAAGGGAAAAACAAGGUGAUAUAUCAGAAGACGACACAGUGCGGUUCAAGGCGUACCUGAUGAGUCUAGGCAUCGACGACCCGGUUACCAGAGAUGCGUUCCGGUCCGAUUCCGAUUACUACAUGGGGCUGGCGCAACAGAUCUCGGAUAUGAUGGUGGCUGUAUUAAUGGAAUGUGGAGGAAUCAUGUCUCUGUCUGAUGUUUGGUGUCGCGUGAACAGAGCGAGAGGGUUGGAAUUAAUAUCUCCUGAAGACUUACUAAACGCUUGCAAGUUACUCCAAACUAUUGGUGCUCCUAUGUCGCUCCGAAAAUUCCCAAGUGGGGCCUGCGUCCUGCAGAUGACCAGCCAACGAGACGAGGAAGUAGCCAAGACCACGUGUACCAUGCUUGAAGAAAAUGGAAACCUGACGCCUGAGAAGCUAUCGCAGAUCGCAAAUGUGUCCGUCCUGCUCGCACGGGAGCGCUUAUUCACUACCGAGCGUCUAGGUCUCGCCUGUAGAGAUGAAACCAUAGAGGGCCUAGCGUUCUACCCAAAUCUGUUCUUGAGGGAAACCUCCUAGCAAUAUUAUAGAAUAGUUUGUGUC